AGAUUGUUGUCGACUGUAUCUUAUGGAGUUAGAUCAAAAACUUCACUUCCAUACCUAUCGUUUAUUUGUCCACAAGAAUCAAUCACCAUGAGCUCCUCGGCCAGUAUGGAUUCUGAUCGGAGUGACCAAUACUCGAUUUACGUCGGAACUUGGAUUAAUUGGUCUCGUGGGCAGAUCAUGGGUUCUACGCUGACUCUUACCCGACGAGAUGCCGAUCUACUAAUCGCAUUCACGGCUGUGUUGAUUUCUUUCGUCGCAACUCGCGUGUGGAAAAUUAUUUGCUUCUUCCUACACCGAGCCUAUUCGAAAUCUACUCCUCAGGAUGUCGUCUAUCAUCAACAACAGGCAAUAUUACGUAACUCAUCCUCACCCGAAAAUGCUCUUUAUUUACUACUUAAACUCUUGUGGUCUGGAAAUUUUGCGAAAAGACGCCUCCGCCCGGUACUGACUAUUCUCGUUGCUACUCUUUGUGUAUCCACUUUUACGGUUGCCGGAGGUUUCUCGUCACAAAUUUCGACCGCUGUUGGGAGUGAAGUAUUACUGAAAGGGACCAAUUGCGGAUAUAUCAAUUCUUCCUAUAUGUUUGAAGAUUUAGACAUGACCUUUACUGCUAAGGCCUAUAGGGCCGAGAAGUCUAACAACGCCGCCAACUACGCCCAACAGUGUUAUUCAACUGAUGCGGCGGCAGGGUAUCUUGACUGCAAUCGUUUUAUUACGAAAAAGCUCCCUAUGGAAAAUGAUCUAAACGCGUCAUGCCCUUUUGAUAAGUCUAUAUGCCGGAACGGCUCCGCCAACCUGCGCCUCGACACGGGUUACAUCGACACUCACGCCCAUCUAGGUAUCAAUUUACCUACUGAUCGAAGAGUCCAGUGGAGACAUGUUACUCAUUGUGCGCCCCUUGUAACAGAGCGAUACACAACUCAGGCAGUUAUGUCUGAUGGUAACUUUACCUUAUAUCAUUAUGGAAACGUCACCCAACCAGACGGAGUGAAAGACUUUAUCUACAGGGCCAAAUCAAUAAAAGAACAGUACGCAUCUAUGAUGUCUACCGACGAUCUAGUAUCAUACGCAGAUUACCGUGUAGAAAACGACGCCGACUUGAGUCUGAUUUUCCUGUCUGGAAAUGGGGUUAUAUAUGUCGAGCCGUCAACUGAUGAAUGGUACCGCGUGUCAAAAACUCCAACUUCAAUCUCAUACGCGGAAGCCACCAACGCAGACUCAUUUCCGGCUUAUUUGCCCUCGGAACCGGCAUCUGUAAUGGGUUGUGUUGACCAAUAUCAGUUCUGCAGGCCGGAUGCGAAAGGCGGUCGACAGUGCGGCUCAUUGGCAAGCAUACGGGACGCAAUUAUGAGUGCUGCCCCCUUCUUCGAGACUAGCUUUGAUAAUAUCGUGGAUCGCGUCUUCGAGACAGAACUGGGAACUCUUUUCCAAUAUUUUCUCAAUCCUGUAAUAAAUACCGACUAUGUGAUCGUAGGGGCUUUAGAGCAACUAGGAUCAAAAGGACUUACUUCUUAUCGGAAACUGUAUAAUGGUUACCAAGGACCAUUAGCACCGGAUCAAUGGAAAUACGACGUGAUGAAUUUAUUUAACAUAUCAAUGGCAUCAGCUCAAGCUUUAUAUGUUAAUACGGCAUUUGGUCCAACUGAUCCUACCGUUCUACGGCUUUACGCAGACUAUGACACGCCGUAUUCGCAAAAAAUAUGUAAUAGCCAGAAAAUUCGAAGUACAGCAUAUGGGUCGUUUAGUCUAUUUGGGCUUUUUUUCACCCUCGUCCUAGGCUUACUUUUAACAUUGAUCUCAUAUCUCCUAGAACCCAUAUACUCGAUUCUAUACAAGAAGAAAGGGUAUAACAAGUAUUCCUACGUAGAAUGGACUACAAACGGGACGCUACAACUCCAGAGACUCGCACAUGAAGAGAUCGGCAUGGGUACUUGGUCGAAUUGUUUAGAUUCUAUUCCUGUCACAAAGGCGGGCGAGUUACUAGGCUCCCUAGACCUUGCAGACCCGAAGCAUCCGGCUCUCAGUUCGGCACAUGAAGAUGCACAUCGUGAAUCACAUGGUUCAGAUGUAACCCAAGAUUCUAACGAUACUUUGGAUGAAGUUCAAGGAUCAGAUGAUACUGCGGACCAAGCUCACGAACCCGUUGAGACACCACAACAAGUACCGGACCCCAAUGAGGCACAUACACUAGGAGCUAGUAACGAAAUUAUUGAAUCCGAAACUGGAGGAAACGCCCUGCCAUCGACACGGGAUCAUAUCUUGGACGAGGACGCCAUCAAUGCGGGUGAUGGGGUGGUCUCAGAAAAUAUAACCCCUAUCCAGAUACCCACCGCUUCAUCUCAAGUCUCAGACAACAAUCCCCUUAACAAUGAGAAAUAAAACAACCAGAAUUCUCCUAACUAUGUCAAUUAGAUUGAGGCACUCUCCGUUUUAAUAAAGUCGACGAAAUGCGCAAGACGUUUUUAGCUACGUCAAGAUGGCCAUGUUCUCGCACGAGCAACCAGCAUGAUUGAGGGGUUUUAAAUCGAUUUAGUUUCUCAAACACUACUUUGGGAUGAAAAGGGGCCUAAAGGAUGUG